GUCUCAAGUAAAUGAUAAUUAAGUCUCUCCUCAAUGACUUUGGCACCACAAAAAGAACCAGAAAGUCUAUCUUUCAAGAAUAACAUGGCAGAAGAAGUGGUGCUUUUAGAUUACUGGCCUAGUCCUUUCGGAACAAGAGCAAGAAUUGCCCUUGCUGAGAAAGGAAUUAGCUUCAUCCACAAGUUUGAAGACUUGUCUAACAAAAGUCAUCUGCUUAUGAAAAUGAACCCGGUUCAGCAAAGGGUGCCGGUUCUUGUUCAUAAGGGUAAACCAGUUUGUGAAUCAGAUAUCAUUAUUCAGUAUAUUGAUGAGGUCUGGAACCAUAGUUUCCCCUUAUUGCCCUCUGAACCCUACCAGAGAGCUAAAGCUAGGUUCUUGGUUGACUUCAUCAACAAGAAGGUACACGAGUCUAGUGUAAAGGUAUGGAUGGGGGCAAAAGAAGAACAAGAAAAUGGUAAGAAAGAACUUUUAGAGUGGUCCAAGUUUUUGGAAGGAGAGCUUGGAGACAAACUUUAUUUUGGGGGAGAUGUCUUUGGAUUUGUAGACAUUGCCCUAGUUCCCUUCUACAACUGGUUCAUUGUUUUCAAGACAUUUGCAAAUUUCAACAUAAUUGAAACAGAAUGUCCUAAGCUGGUGAUGUGGGGAGACAGGUGCUUGAACAGAGACUCUGUAUCUAAGUCACUUCCUACUACAGACCAAGUUUAUCAAGCUUAUCUGGAAUUCAAGAGAGGAUGGGCACAUGGUUAGAAAAUUCAUAUGCGGAUUUAGGAUUUUAAUUAUAUGUAUUGAGAAUUCAGGUUUCAGUUACUGAAUUCAUCACCUUGUUUGAGUUACCGGUUUAUAAUACUAGAUUUUGUUAUC